AGAUGUGGAAGAAAAAUUAGGGUUUUGUGAGCUGAGAGUGAGAGCAACAAUGGCGCCGAAGCAGGGGAGAGUGAGGGUUAGCAGAAACCCAGAAUUGAUUAGGGGAAUUGGAAAAUACUCAAGGUCUCAGAUGUACCAUAAGAGGGGUCUCUGGGCCAUCAAGGCUAAGAACGGUGGCUCUUUCCCUUGCCAUGAUUCCAAGCCCAAGCCUCAAGCACCAGCUCAGAAACCCCCUAAGUUCUACCCUGCUGAAGAUGUCAAGAAGCCUCUUCUCAACAAGCACAAGCCCAAACCUACCAAGCUCAGGGCUAGCAUUACUCCUGGGACUGUGCUGAUUCUUCUUGCCGGCAGAUUUAAGGGAAAGAGAGUAGUGUUUCUUAAGCAGCUUCCUUCUGGAUUGCUUCUUGUAACUGGUCCUUUCAAGAUUAAUGGAGUUCCUUUGAGACGCGUGAAUCAGUCUUAUGUGAUUGGCACAUCAACCAAAGUAGAUGUUUCUGCAGUUAAUGUGGAUAAAUUUGAUGACAAGUACUUUUCAAAGGAAGCCCAGAAAAAGAAAACGAAGGGAGAAGGGGAGUUCUUUGAGGCAGAAAAGGAGGAGAAAAAUGUGCUCCCCCAGCAAAAGAAAGAUGACCAAAAGUCUGUAGAUUCUGCAUUGAUAAAAGCAAUCGAGAGUGUUCCAGAUUUGAAGGUUUACCUAGGUGCCAGAUUUUCCUUGAAGGCAGGGGUGAAGCCUCACGAGCUAGUCUUCUAGAAGAAACUAUCGUUAGAAUUGUCUUCCUAUAUUCUUUUUUUUUGGCUGAACUUUGAUCUUAUAGUUGCAUUCGUUGGUAAUAGACAUCUGAAAACGUGAGUUUUAUUUAUGUUAACAACAGAUAUUGUUCCAGGGUUUUUCCUUCAAUUCUGCAUAUGCAUAUAUAACUGUACUUUCAUUUACCUUUAUGCAUUACUACAGCUUCUUCUAAGAUCUAGUACGCGAGUUGAUGUCAAGUAUUCCCAGAAGUUUAUAGUAUACUACAAGAAACCAUAUUGAUCAAAGCUUCAACCAGAUUAAUUCUCCACCAUAUCUUGCUCUUUCAAAUUGUUUUUAGAUAUACUAGCAACUCACUAUAUAUACCACAAAUUCUUUACAAUGCGCUUCAAGAAAAACUCCUCUUACUCGAGAAUUUGAGAUGUACUUCACGGGAAAACGAAUAUAAUUAAUGAUAUUCCUGGGAAGAAAUGUUUGAGAAAGGACAAGGCACUGGUUAAUAUAUAUAGGCAUCUGUUUAUUUAUGACUGGCACUUCUACAAAAUCCGAAAACUCUUCUUAGUAAUAUGCCUAUGCCCCCUUCACAUUCUCUUAACUCAAGAUUAUUUACAUAUAACCUCUAACUCCUAAAUAUAUAUAUAUAUAUAUAUAUAGUGACAUAGCAGCUAGAUUUGUGUUUGCUAAAAUCAACUUAGUGAUUUAAGUGUAGAACUUCCUAACUAGCUUCAAAGUUCAGAAUUCCAGAAUGAGCACUGUGGAUGGUGCUUUUUACCAAAAAUUAAUG